GUGGCUGCCGCUCUUCUCCUCUGGGCCGGGCUGCCCCGGCACUCGGCGCCGCCCGCCCCACCUGCCUCACCGCCGAGCCCGAGAAGGGGUUAAAAGCCCGGGGCGGGUGAUGUCAGUUCCUGCGCUCCUCGGGAGGGCCGGCUCUGAUAUUUGAGCCGGGCUCUCCCGUUCGAGGGAAACCGAGGAGGGAAUGGCAAAGUGCUGAAUGGGACAGGAGUCGUGCCGGGCACCUGCCUGCCGCCCUGCGCCGCGCAGCCGCCGCGCCCAGGGCCAGCCCCGCGGGCCGGGAGCCCCGGGAGGGCGCCGGCUGCGCCCGCCAGCGCCCUGCCCUGCCCCGCCGGCACGGACCCCGCGCCGGCCAAGGUGAUGGUAAGGGGAUUGGCGGGAGCGUUCUGGAGGUGAUGUUGUGUCAUCUCUGUUAACCGAGGUUUGCCUUCGGGUCUGGGACUUUGGCCCUGAAGAGGCGUGGAAGAGAUGGGGGGAGGAAUGGCCACACGAGGGGGAAAACGCAGCCCAAGUGUAAAUGUGUCUGAGUCCUGCGGUUUCUUCUGCCUUUCCGGGCAUUUCAGAUGGAAACAUACAAAGUCUCUGAAGUGUUGUGAAUUCUAGUCUGGAUCCACCUACAUCUGGGAAAUCACUUGAUCCUGCUCUAAAAACAAACAAACAAAAAUACCCAAAGCUCAGAAAAACCUCAAAAACCCAAAAAACAACCAUGUGACAUCUUGGUAUAAAUUUUAGCUUCAUCAGAAUUACAACUGGAUAUGGGCACUCCAAAAUGUUUUCAGUGAUGCAGUGCUGGACACAUGAGUGUGCCUUUGCCUUGUUUUACUUAAACCUGCCUUCUGACCUGGAAUAGUGUUCCAUAAUUCAUUGGAAAGGGUUUUUGGAGCACCUCAGAUGACAUCCUAAAUGGGUGAUUAACUUCACAAUGGCAGAACUCACACUGGAAAAUGGCAGCUGUAUGGACUGGCAAAAGCGAUGCCUUGCGUUGGAGUCCCAGCUCUUCAAAUUCCGCUUGCAGGCAAGCAAGAUCCGAGAGCUGUUAGCUGAGAAGAUGCAGGAAUUGGAGCAGAGAGUGAUAGAAGCAGAGCAAAGAGCUGAAGAGGCAGAGAAACAGGUCAGAGUUAUGGAAGAGAAGAUAAAACUAGCCAAUGUGAAGAUUUGUGAAUCAGACAGCACCCUGUACAGGAAAUACCAAGACCUGAUGGGCACAGUGCAAGGAAAAGAGGAUCUGAUCAGCAGAUUGGAGACAGAGCUAGCAAAACAGAAACAGUUGAGGACUGAAGAAGCCAAAAUUGUUCAAGAGAAAGCUGCCAAGAUCAAAGAAUGGGUAACAUUUAAGCUCAGGGAGCUUGAGCUAGAGAAUUACCACCUGAAAACUUGUAAUCAGAGGCUGAUGGAGCAAAUUGAAGCCCUUCAGGAUACAUUGCAAGAUAUGACCAGCAUUCCUCCCUUUGAAUCUCUUUGGAGCUGUAGUUCCCUGAAGCCUAGAGCAUCACAGGCCUCUUUUGCUGAGAAGAUAGGCCAGGAAUCUGUGCUCCUUGCACCUGGUUUCAGAGAGGUGCGUCAGACAGGACCUACCAAGCAUGUCCUUUCUUCAGCAAAUACAGUCCUUGCCAAUGACACCUUUACUGAGAAUGGAGAGGAUAUAUCUCUGCUUUCCCAGAAUAAGCUGAACCUCGUGUCUGACCCAUCAAGCUGGAAUCUCUCCACAGAGAAGGAUGUAUUUCCAGCCGUAAGUUCUGAACACGGUUUAGGGUGCUCUGAUCCUGUAUCAGUGGACCCUCCAGCUGAGACCACAAGAAUUCUUGAGGCUUUGACCUUCCAGUCAUCUUUGAAAGAAAACGGUAGUGCUGUGAGCACCUUGAAACAAGUGGGUUUUGAUGGCACCCGCUUCUCUGAUGAUCUGAGUGCCAGAUUCCACUCCCACCGGCUGGAGUCCUCUUCCUCAGGAGAAAUAAUGAGCAUGCUUGAGGGCCGUCUCCAAACUGCUGAACCACCCCUGGUUGUGUCAACAUCAACUGUUACAGUGCAUUCCUCCUGUGCAGGGAGGGAAUGCAGCCUUGGGACUAGUAUGACCUUUCCAAAAAUACGAACACCCAAUACACCAAGAGACAGUAUUCAACUGGCCAAGAGACAUCACAGCCAACCACAGCCAGGGGCUAAUUCCUUCCAUCAUGUAAUGCACUUAGAGACUAGCACUUUCCAGCCCAUAACAGACCCUCCAGCCUGCCAUGGGCUCGUGGAGGAGACAGAUAUUGAUGAUGAUGGAGUAUUGGAGAAGAUGGAUACAGAAUGUGGACUGCUGAGGGAAGAAGCUAGAGCGUGUGAGGAAACGUACCACUUACCUGCAGAGCAGAGAGAAGCUGUGAGUUCUGAGGCUGGCAUACUUGACCCAGGAGGUAAACCUCCAACACCACCGCUGCACAGAUUCCCAUCAUGGGAGAGCCGAAUCUAUGCUGUGGCCAAGUCUGGCAUGAGGUUGUCUGAAGUGACCAUGGUGAAUGAUACUUCCAGAUGCUUUUCCAAUUUCUCGUGUUCAACUUCUGGGCCAUUUACCUGUCUUAUCUACAGAAACGUCACUGUGCCAGUCUACACUACACUGAAGGGGAAAGCCACACAGAUCAGCAACGUGCCUUUCUUAGACGAAUCUUCAGGAUCUGAUGAUGACUGUGGCUCCCAUGCCAGCUUAAGGACUUCUACUGCUGGAUCUGAGAACAGGAAAGCUAGCAUGCCAGGCAGCCCUCGUGCAGUGAAAAGAGGUGUAUCUAUGUCCUCACUGAGCUCUGAGAGUGACUAUGCCAUCCCUCCUGAUGCCUAUUCCUUGGAUGAUGACUAUUCAGAGCCAGAACAUAAGCUACAGCGAACAUCUUCCUAUUCCACUGAUGGUGGAAUCUGCACUGAACCCAUGGAGAAAUCAGGUUACUUGCUCAAAAUGGGCAGCCAGGUAAAGAUGUGGAAGAGACGAUGGUUUGUUCUUAGAAACAGACAAAUCAUGUACUACAAGUCUCCGAGCGAUGUUAUCCGCAAGCCACAAGGGCAGAUGGAGCUGAAUUCCUCAUGCCAAAUUGUCAGAGGUGAAGGGUCCCAAACAUUCCAGCUUGUGACAGAAAAGAGGACCUACUUCCUGACAGCAGACUCACCCAACAUCCUAGAGGAAUGGAUUCAUGUCCUACAGAGUAUCCUGAGAGUGCAAGUGACCAGUCCUGUUGGUGUUCCUCACGGUGAUGAUAAACCUACUGUGAAAGGUUGGCUAACCAAGGUCAAGCAUGGUCACUCUAAGCUGGUCUGGUGUGCACUGAUUGGAAAAACUUUCUACUACUAUCGAAAUCAUGAAGAUAAAUGUCCCCUAGGGCAUCUGCCUAUGCGUGAGUCCAAAGUGGAAGAAGUAGACCGUUCCUGUGACUCUGAUGAGGAUUAUGAAGCCACUGGUGGAGGAUUUCUCUCAUCCCACUGUACACUGGUGAUUCACCCAAAGGACCAGAGUCCCACAUACUUACUCAUCCGCACCAAACAGGAGAAGAAUACCUGGCUGUACCAUCUGACCGUUGCAGCUGGUAGCAGAAAUGCCACAGUGGGCACAUCAUAUGAGCAACUCAUUGGAAAACUACUGGAUGCAGAGGGAGACCCUAAUUCUCCUCUGUGGAAACAUCCUAUGUUGUGCUACAGUAAAGACGGGUUGCACACAUCCCUCACCACUCUGCCAUCAGAGGCUCUGCAGACUGAAGCUCUGAAACUUUUUAAGUCCUGUCAGCUGUUCAUCAACGUUCCCGUGGAGGCAUCCUCUAUUGAUUACCACGUGUCGCUUGCCCAGACGGCACUGCAGGUCUGCUUGACCCAUACUGAGCUGCAGAAUGAAAUUUACUGUCAACUUGUUAAACAGACCAGCUGCCGACAACCCCAGAACCACUCAGUCAUUCAGUGCUGGCAACUCCUUGCUUUAUGUGCUCCUCUAUUCCUGCCUCAACAUCACUUCCUCUGGUACAUCAAACAGCACUUGCAGCGACAUGCAGACCCCAGGAGUGAAAUAGGCAAGUAUGCCAUCUACUGCCAGAGAUCAGUAGACCGCACGGUGCAGGCUGGAGAGCGGGAAGCCAAGCCCUCCCGGAUGGAGAUUGUGUCCAUCCUGCUAAGAAAUCCCUACCACCACUCACUCCCCUUCAGCAUCCCAGUGCACUUCAUGAAUGGAACCUACCAGGUUAUAGGUUUUGAUGGUUCUUCAACAGUUGAUGAAUUCAUCCAGCGACUCAACCAGGAGACAGGAAUGAGGAAGCCAUCCCACAUGGGAUUUUCUCUCUUCACAGAUGAUCCUUCUGGCAGGAAUCUGGAACAUUGUUUGCAGGGCAACAUGAAGAUCUGUGAUGUCAUUUCUAAAUGGGAACAAGCCUUAAAAGAAUUGCACCCUGGGAAAUACGAAGGUGGCACAAGAAUUGUGAAGUUGACCUAUAAGAACAGACUAUAUUUUCGGAGCCAGGCCAAAGGUGAGACAGACCGUGAGCGGUUGCUACUGGCCUUCCAAGUCAGCAAUGAAAUAGCCAAUGGAAGGUUUCCUGUUAAUAAGGAAUUAGCUCUGGAAAUGGUGGCUCUGAUGGCUCAGGUGGAAUAUGGGGAUUUGGAUCGAUCAGGAUCUUCAAGUCCUGGGGGAACAUCACAAUUAAAAAUGCAGCAUCUUCUCCAUCAGGUCUUAGAUAAAUUCUACCCCAAACACUACAAGCAAAACAUUGCUCCUGAACAGCUCAGGCAACUGACAGACAGGCUGGCAAUGAAGUGGAUGGUGCUGCAGGGAUGCUCUCCACCAGAAUGCAUUCGAAUUUAUUUGACGGUGGCCCGGAAAUGGCCUCUCUUUGGAACCAAAAUAUUUGCUGCUAAGCCUAUUUUGCCUUCCUCAUUGGAAGACUGUCCAGUCUGGAUAGCUGUGAAUGAAGAUGGUAUCAGCAUACUGGAUUAUAACACAAUGCAUCUGAAGGUCUCUUAUUCAUACUCCUCUGUGCUGACCUUUGGAGGCUGUCGAGAUGACUUCAUGAUUGUAGUCAGUCAAAUGAAAGAAAACAGUUCUGGAAAAAAUAGCACUGAAAAACUCCUCUUCACAAUGGCAGUUCCUAAGAUUGUUGAAGCAACACUUCUUAUUGCCAGCUACAUUAACUACCGCUCGUCACCUUCACUCCUGUCUUCUACACAGCCCUCCCAAAGCAAAACACCUGCUAAGAAGCUCUGGGAGACUGAAAAUCGGUGCUUUUUUCCUUCCAUGCCCCGAAGCACUAAGGGGCCCACCCUGCUCUGAGGGCUCAUUCCAAAUGAGCUAUGAUUCUUCUGGUUACACACCACUACUUUAAUGUGGACUCUGAUUCUUUUUCCAUAAUAAUAGACAAAGUUCCUUAGAGGUAGAGGCAGUGUCCUUUCUCUUGGGGGGGAGGGGGAAGUUAUUUUGGGGGACUGUGCAGGAGUUUCCUUUCCAUGACACACUCCAUCCAAAAUACCAUGCCUCAGGUCGUUUACCUGCACAGUGCUCCAGUUACAUUACAUCUGCUCUCUUUCCUUACACUGAUUAUUCCAUCUCGUACCUUUCUGCCUUGCUUUAGAAACACAUACAUUUUCUUUGAUCCUUCACAUUUGCAGCUUGCAGAAGACAGAAACUUUCCAAGUCCUUGCUCCAGACAUGAAAAAAGACAUUACUGAGAAAGAAGAGGAACUAAACUGACAAGAAUAAUUCCAAUGCAAGUCAAGGGUGAUUUUAGACCUGAAAUAGGGGGUAUAGAAUUAGAGUUCAGUGGUACUUAAGAAUGUUUUCAACUUUAAAUGAAAGUGGAAUCCUAGUGUCUUUAGAUGUUGAGGACUCAGAACAACUGAGACUAGAACAGCGUCAGAGCAUGUCAGCUCCUACAGGACUGAUGCAUUUUAGAAGCUGACACUGUUCUACACAAUAGAUGAACAUUAAAUUGAUGCUGCAGGGCUGAAUGUGUCCCAUGCUCCACUGUCAGACAAGCACUUUCAAGGACUUUCUGCUAAUCACUGUAGAUGUGUUUGAAACUGCACAUUAUCUCAGACAAGGGAAGACAAGACAAGCAAAUUUUGUACUUUUUCUGUCUUCCAGCAACUAGAACAGAUCUUGUUCCCAAAUAAGGUCUGCCAUUCUGACUUGACAGAAGCUGCUCCUUUCAAACUCCUGCUUCCUUCAUGCUACCAUAAGCAAGGAGGAGGUAGUCAGCAAAUGUGUACUCAAGUACUGUUCUUCUGACUUUCCUAAAGAAUUGUGGUAGAUUUAAUUUUUUUAUCUGUUUCAAAGGGACUUGGUUUUGAGAAGGUUAUUGAAGUUUAAACAAGUAAAAGAAAAAUAGCAAUUCUUCAUGAAAAAUCUAAAUCUGCGUAGCUUGAGUUCGGCUCUUUUGAUAAGCAUUCUAAAAAAGCUAAGGAAAAAUAACUGUACUUUCAAAAGUACCAUGUGCAACUUCAUAAUAAUUAUGCAUUCCUGGGCAACUUUCCCAAAUAAAAACAGGGUGAACCCAACCACUAGAAUGAAUUCAGUAAUAGCAAAUCAAAGCUAUGAACAAAGCAAAUGAACAAACCAACCAUACCAGUGUUUUUAGUACCUGCCACCAACCUUGAAACAUCCAACUAAUGCACACAAGGGAGCUGAUACAUCAAGCUGAUACAUUUUUGUUUCAUGCUUAGGUGGGGGCAAAGCCACAGAUUAGGAGUGUGGGACAGACAAAAAUUGCUCUUAGUAAUACAAAACAAAAAAAAUAAAUAAAAAUCCCCAAACAAACAAAAACCCAACCCCAAACCACCCCAUGGUGGGUUAUGGAAACACUAUGACAGACAUAAGACAGGAAAAGAUUGUAUGAACAGUGACCUGAUUUGCACAUACUGUAAUGUAGCCACUUCUUAUGAAUUUAAAGACCAUCCCUUGAAGGUACAGAAGAGGGUAGCUUUCUGAGCCAAAAAUAAUUUUAAGAAGGUAUUUAGUCUUUUUUGUUUUCCCUUUGAUACUUUUAAGCGACUAUAUAUCCUGAUAGUAGUUUGUAUUUCCUCUCUCUCACACACACACACACACACACAGAGUGAUCUCAGUAUAGUUAUGUCAGUUUGAAUACAUGAAGUAUUACUCCUCCUCACUCAAUCACCUGUGCCUAACAAGUUCUCCUGUAUCUGAAGGUCUGUUUGGCAGCCUGCUUCUGGUAUCCCACCAGUGACAAAGCUGCUUUAGAAUAGGCUGAAGCCAUGGGAUGUCCCAGCUGUCAUCAGCGCUGGAGGUGCUCAAGGCAUAGAAGUCUCCAGUUCACAGUUCAGAGGCUGUAUUUCCUUACAGUGUUAACACUCAUGUCCUCAGACUCAUACCAGGGUAAACAGGAAGCAGAGAUGUUAAAUAAACAGGAACUGUCCUGAAGCUCAUUAUUUUCUGCCAUAACUGCACUUUAAACUGAGAAGCGUGACAUAUAGAACUUCUUUUCCUUCCUUAUUUCUUAAAAAUAUUCACGAAUACUUGAGUAUUUCAGGGACCACCCCACUCUGAUGGAUGCAUACACCCCUCCUAUUUAUAACUUACCUGUCUUCAAACAAACAACCCACCUGGUGUAGAUAUCUGUUUUGUAUGAUUCUUUGGUAGAGAAAACAGUCUUUUAUUUUAAUCAAUGCUUUUGACUAUUGAUGGGAGCAUAGAAUGAGACGACAAAAGCCUUUGUUUUCCUAACUGCUGUGUGUAUAUAGAAGGCUGCCUGGAAUAUACUGUGAGAUUUCUGUUUGUUCUUAAUAAAAUGCAGCUAUCAUGAAUUAAACUGUAUUAUUCUCAGAAUGGAAGAAACUAUUUUAAAAGCCAAAAUAUUCUCAAUGUAAACAAAAAUGAACAAAGAUUGUGUUUGGUAUCCAGGCACAUACCUAGUGCAAACCUGCCCUAGUCUGAUUCCUGUUUCUCUCUGCUAAUUUCUCAGCUUCAGUGGAUGACUAAACUAUGGGCACAGGAUGUUCACUCCUUCAAAAGAUUGCUAAAGCAAUCUUUCAGACUUCCUCCUGUGACACAGCUUCUUGGUAAUUUCUUCAGUGCACAUUCUGAGGACUUCAUGGCAUUUUUAUAGCAUAGUCAGCAUUCACUGCACACUCUUGAGCCUAAGACUCCGUUCAUUCUGUUGAGACAUCAUUUAUUUUCUGACACAAAAGCCAGUGGCACAUCCCCAAGCUGCUGCCUUUCACUUGGACAGCCAGAAUACUUCCUGUGACAUGAGCUAACCUGUGUCUUUCAAACCUCAUGGCACCACAAAAAAAACCAAAUCACCUUAUCUCUACCCUAUUGCAUGGGGUAGAAAACCAAAUCACCUUAUCUCUACCCUAUUGCAUGAUGGUAUGUUGAUACAUGCUUUUAUUUACAGAUAAUGCAGACAAGCACAAUACAGCAUUGUAUGCAAAUGAAGCAUGACCCCAGGCUCCUGCCAACUUGUGGGUUUAGCUCAGUUAUAUUUCUAAGGAGUCAUGGGGAAAAAAAAAAGAGAGAAGAAUACCAGUUAAGGGUUACAGUGACUUUUAGCUUAUCAACAAAGAAGAAUUUCCCAACUUUAAGUUACUCCCAAGAGCACAGAUCAAUAAAGCUUUAUUCACAUUGUCAUUACCAUGAUUUUCAACAACACAUCUGCCUCCAAGCUGCCUCAUAUUCUUGGAGUAAUUGAUGUGGCCCUUUUAAUGCCACAUCUUUUCCAUGUUCUGUGUCACCAGGUCCCUGCCCCAUUCAGCAAUGGGUUCACAUUUUCCCUGUAUUCCUUUUGAUACUUAAGUACUUACUGAAGCCAUCCUUGUUGCUUUUGACAUCCCUCAACAGAUUCAUCCCCAGACAGUCUUUAACUGUCCUAACCACAUCUUGAAUAGUGUUGCUGUAUUCCUCCUAAGUUACCUGUCCCUAAUUCCACAUUCUGUAUACUUCCUUUUUGUGUUCAAGUUUUGCCAGGAGCAACUUGUUCAUCCAUGCAGGCUUCCUGGCAUUUCUGCUCGACUUCCUGCUCAUUGGGAAGGAUUGUUCUUGAGCUUAGAAGAAAUGAUCCUUAAUUAUCAGUCAGCUUUCUUGGACCCCUCUUGCCUCUAGGACCCCAUCCCAUGGGACUCUUUCAAGCAGAUCCCUGAAGAGGUAAGUCUGCUCUUUUAUGUUUAUUUCAUUAAAUGUAACUGAAUGCAACAGUAUGUUUUCAUUUUCUGUAAUUGUCCUUAUGAAAUUCUCCUGUGAUCGGUAAUUUGCCAUCCCAGCCUACACAACAGCUUUGGUAUUUAGAGUGGUUUUUUCAAACAAAGGGUUAAAUAGCAACCAAAGAAUGCAUCUUUUUGGCAGUCCAGACAAAGUUACAUUAUGAUUUUAGCAUAAUUUUCAGAUGCACAAAAAAGUAAACAAUGCAUUUUUUUGUCUCCCUCUGCCCCAUUUCUCCGUAAUUCUUUUCUGUCUAAGCCUAAAAAGUUCUGCUCACCUGUCUUCAUAGCAGAGGAUUUCAAGGUUCACUUCUGUGCUUGAGCUGACAUUUCCUCUAACAAUUCUAUGAAGCUGUGCAGGCCUUUAGCCCUAACAUCACUGCACCGCUUUCUACUCAUCUAAUAAAUGAAAGCCAUGGGGUGGUUUUGCUUGCUUUUCCAUGGGUCCCUCUGAGUUCUGCUGGAAGUCUGCUCCCUUGUUUGGGUUUUUUUUCAGCUAUUUUAUUCCACUUGACUGUGGAGCUGUCUUCCUCUGCUCCAGGAUUUCUUGACAACUUUUAUACACUUCUAUCAAGCAGUCCAGACGCGGCUUGGAGCUCUAGAAGUCAAACAACAGAGAAUCAGGUUCUGGACUGGCUGUAAAAGAACAGGAAAGCUUGUAACUUCCCACUAGUGAGACAGGCAGAGGUAGGAACGUGGAGACAGCCGACAAAGCUAACAGAAGUGUGUAUGUGUACGGAGUGCAACAGUAAGACACCUGUAGCUCGUGAGCUUUAUCACAUCAAGUCAAUGGAGACUGGUACAUGUUCAUUGAGAAAUAAUCCAGACUCCAGGAGGUGUCUGAUGUAAGCUGGUGAUACAGGAAUGCAAAGUGAUUCCAUAAGCCAUACCUGCUCUGUGAUGAAAAACACCAGUCCCUAAAGUUGUCAGGUCAAGACAUGCAGCACCAUUCUGCAGUUAGCCUGAAUCUCUCACCAAAUCUGAAAGCCACUCCUUUCUCAGCUCACAGUUCACAGUGACAGCAUGGAAGAACAUCCACACUUUCCCACCCAUGACCCUAUCUGUUAGGCCAUACUCCCUCUAGAGACUAAUGAACAGCAGAUUUCCAUACACUGGAUCUACCAUCCUAGAAGACCUCCACCCUGAAAAAUCCACCUUCAGGACAGGGAGUUUAAACAUCUGACCCUUGGCCUCUGCUAGUACUGUCAACAUAAGGACAAUGGAAGGUUAACUGAAAACAUAAAUUAAUUUUACACAAACAGCAAGUGGUGGUCAAAGGAUAAUAAUUUUUCAUCAAUUCUAAACUGCACUAGAUUAAAACCAGCAAGGAGGUGAAAGUUUCACAGUUCCACAGUCCCUAUGAUCCCAUGACUUCUGAGCUCCCGAAGCAGCAUUACUGUGUAAAGUCCAUCAAAUGCCUCCUUGCAAGUGUUUCUUAAGAGAACAAAAGGUCAAUUCAGUGCAGAAGGGCCCUGGGCUCAGUGACACGGGAAACUGUAUUUCUUAAGGCUGACAUAACUUACAUGAACCUAAUGAAGGUGACACAAUACAGCCAAAUAAUCAUUGCUUCUUCAAAACUAAGUAACACACUAACUUGCACGUUAAAGUAAGAAUUACAGACAGGUACUGACUCGCAAACUACCACAGUUCUGUACCUCCUUUGCUGGUGGAGUCAACUCUAGCAGUACUAAGAUGUUUCCAUGAAAAUAAAACUGUUCAGAGUUGAGAUAAAAAAAAAAGAAACUAUACAGAUGCCAGGUAGCCUCUUUGAAGCUGGAAAUGAGCAUAUCUAAAACCAGGUUCCUGAAUGCAGCUCUCUGGAAUUUAUUUGUUGUUGAUUUCCAGCAAAUCCCUUCUUUCCCUUGUUUAUGUGUGAAAUAUUUAAUUUAUAUUACUCUUAGUAAUAUAGUCUUUACAAUUGUGGGACUGAGUUAGCAGUAAGAAUCAAUGGAAUAGCCUAUUUAUACCUGUAAGUUUUUAGAAGAAGACUAACUGUAUCCAGUCAUAAACUGUAUGUAGAUUACAAAAUGAUAGUCACUAACAGCAGAUGAAUUAAGGACAGAGAGGGCUAUACAGCUCAGUGGUCUAAAAAGUGAGGUACCUCUGUACUGCUUACCACCGCUCACGGUUCAGGGCAUUCUUGUGUUAGGCAUGAACACACAGAGAAAUUCCAUCCCGAAAAUGGGAUUAUGAACAGUCAGAAUAAGUUAGCAAGAGAAGAGAAAGGGGAAACAGGGUAACGGUAACACAAACAAGUUAUUAUACAUUAAGCAAGUUGGUCACAGCUUGUCCUGUGAUCUUUGUCAAUGUAUAAGAGAGGGGAAGUCAUUCCAAUGCCAAGGAGGCUUUAUGAACACUUUUGGCACACCGAGCUGAGAGAAAAAUCAACUGCAGCACAGUGCCAUAGGCCAAUCGGUGGGAUGAAGAUCGUAGCAGAAAGCACCAUACUAUUCUGUAACACAAGCCAAACAAAGGCAGACCUCUGGUCUUGCAAUUAUUUGAACACAGCUUUAGAGAAAGUAAAAUUAAAAUUGCACAGUAAAUUAUAGAAGAAUAAAAGGAUGGUAACACUGAGCACAGGACUACACAGAAAGCUGUAUGAGUCCUCAGUACCCUACAUGAGCCAACGACUUUUAGUUCAUGCAAACUCCUGGCUGGGUUCAGAUUGACACAACUCCCUGUUCUUUGAAUGGAGAGCAAAUGAAAAAAACAUCCCCAGGACAUAGUUCUAUGAGGUUUCUAAUACCACCCACCCUGACAGCCCAGCCAGGGAAAGGCAACUGUAAUCAGCUAUCUGUAGUGGAAUAAAGAUAUGCCUGGACAACUGGUGUGCACACACAGACCACAGAUCUGGAUUUUUCCACCAGUCAGUCAAACUCACCUGAAAGAGUGGCACAACCUCAGAUACUCCCUGAGGAUCUUCAGGGUCCUGGAGGAGGAUACACAGGUAGUAGAUAACUUUUUGCUACAAGAAAAACAGACACAAUCAUUGGAGUUUGAAAAAGCUAUCAAUCUGCCUGGAGUUAGCACAGAAAGAGGAACUGUUUCAACUCACUGAGCUGAAAGCCAAUCAUCCCAGGCCACAGUCAAGUCUACCAAUUUAUAUCUAUAGUUUUCACACAAUAAAAAAAUAACUUUA